GGGACGCCGGGCCGUCCGACGUCGCUCCGCUCGGUGCCGCUCCGCGUGUCGGCCUCACCCGUGGCCAGCUUAGCCUGUAGCUCCGCUGCUAGUGAGGUGGUGCGGCGGCGUACUGGUGACGGGCAUCUCAGCAGCGCGGCCAUGCUCGCGUCGGACAGUGGCCGGUGGCUGCUGCUAGUCAUCGUGGUGGUGCUCGUGCCACGCGGCACCGCCCGCUCCCACGUGGCGCUGGUGACCACGGACCAGGAGGCCGAGCCGCUGGUGCUGCAGCUGGCGCAGCUGCUGGCGGAGGACCACCACGUGACGGCGGUGCUCUACAACAGCAGCGGCGUUGGCCCGACCGGCGCGGUCCGCGUGGUCCGCGUACCGGCGGCCGCUUCCGACCCGGCCAGCCGCAUCAGCUGGCUCGACCGCUGGGAGCGCUACCCCCUGCUGGCGCCGGACGCCGUCGUGGCGUCGCGCGUGGCUGGCUGCGGCGCGCUGCGAGCCUCGAGCCUGCUGGCCGACUUUCGGCCGGAUCUCGUCAUCAGCACCCUGUACCUGGACGACGCCUGCCUGCUCGGCCUCCUGCCGGACGCGCCGGUCAUCGGCCUGCUGCCGUCGCCGGUCGGCCUGCCCUGGGUCACGUACCAGCUGGGAGGUCACUAUCCCGUCAGCCGGAUACCUGUGCACGGUUACCCGCUCGGCGACGCCGACUUCUACGCCCGGCUCGGCAACGGCUGGCGCUGGUGGACGCUGCUGCGGCGCGUACAGCGGCUGUACCAGACGCCCGUGGCCAGCGGCGCCGGCGGCCACCUCGACCUCGAGAAGGCGUACGACCGCGUGGCCGCCGUCUACGUCAGCGGCGACGCCCGGCUGCCCGCCGAAGUGCCGGCCGACAGGCGGAUCCGCUUCCUCGGCUGCAUCGAGUGCGCCAACUUUGCGCCGCUGCCUAAGAAGCUGAUGUCGACGAUCGGCGGGGGCAGCCUGCUGGUGAUCCGGCUGCAUCACCCGCACGUCACGCUGCCGGCCGCCUUCAAAGUCGCGCUGGCUCAGGGAGCCGCUAGUUCGUCGCUGACGCCGAUAGAUGUCAGCAACGCCACCAGUGCCGACGCCGACCGGGUCAUACACAGCGGGGUCCCGGCGGCCGACGCGCUCGCCCACUCCCGGGCGCGCGUGUUCAUCAGCGAGUGCUCGGCCUCGUCGGUGCUGCUGGCCGUCCACUUCAGCGUGCCGCUCGUCUGCAUCCCCUUCACGGCCGGACACAAGAUGGCUGCCGCCAACGCCGUCUCGCUCGGUCUCGGCGUAGAGGUGGACCGUCGCUCUCUAACGCCCGAGUCGCUGCGGGCCGCCAUCACCUCCGUGACGACCAGCGCCGGCCUGCGGCGCGCCGUUCGCGUGCGCGCGGACGCCCUGCGCCACGACGCCAUCUCGCCGGCCGCCCAGUUCUCGCACGACGUGCACCACCUGCUGAUGUUCGGCGGCCGGCCGCGGCGGCGCCGCCCACUCGGCCUCGUCGAGUACUACUGCCUGGACGUGGUCGGCACCUGUCUGGUCAGUGGCGGACUGGGCGCCGCGCUGCUGAUGCUGCUCUUCGGCUGGCUCUUCCGCGUGCUCUCCGGCCGCCAGGGCCGCGAUGUCAAGGCCAAGGUGGAGUAGGCCGGCCGGCGCAGGCGCGGCAGACGCCGCGGUGCCGCCCAAUUGUCCGCAGCGCGACUCGAGUGUGUCUUACUUUAUCUGUGCAGCCGCGUCAGCCCUGCUUGGCCGCCGCUGUUCCUCAAAUA